CCACUCCUCAACUCCCCCUCCUCCCCUCCUCCUUCCCAUAGGUUCCUGAUUUCCUCUUUUCUUUCUUCAUCAUUUUCUUUUCCCCUUUCUGGAUCUUCUUCCCAUUCUUCCUCGUCGAUACCACUGUUUAAGCUAAUCUACCACUCUUCGUGAUGUGAGAUUAAUUUGUUGUCUUUGUUUGCAAGCAGCAGCUGAUCAGAAAAUGAAAGAACAUUAUGGUAGAAAACAAGGGGCGUCGUCCCCUUGCGCCGCCUGCAAACUUCUCCGGCGGCGGUGCGUUGAGGACUGUGUGUUUUCGCCAUACUUUCCGGCCAAUGAUCCUCAGAAGUUCGCCAGUGUUCACAAGGUGUUUGGCGCUAGUAAUGUCAACAAGAUGCUACAGGAGUUGCCGGUGGAGCAACGAGCGGACGCAGUUACGUGCAUGGUGUACGAAGCAAAUGCAAGGAUCCGCGAUCCAGUCUAUGGCUGCGUCGGAGCAAUAUCAUCGCUGCAACACCAGGUCGACGCCCUUCAGACGCAGCUUGCUCUUGUACAGGCUGAGGUAGUGCAAAUGCGCAUCCGGCAAUUCCCCUCCACCGCCGGCUCGCCGGAAAAUUGCUCUCCCUCCUCCUCCAAGUCUCUCCCUAACGUCGUGACUCAUGAUCGAGCCAAUGCAGGGCCAUCCUUGUGGCCUCGCUAGCUAGCUUAAUUAUAUUAUAUUAUAUUAUAUAUAUAUAUAUAUCGGCUAGGCCUUUCUUAUUUUAAUUUCAUCCAUGGCAUCCAUCGAUCGAUCUCACUUGGUUAAUUAAUCGCUUGGUUGCUGCUUCUGUAAUUGUGCUUCUACUUGGAUAGAUAUAAUAUAUAUAUGAUAACUAUAUAACCAUCUUGUAAAAUUAAUGUCCCCAGAUAUUAUUAUUAUGUAAAUUAUA